GAGAAAGAGGGAAGGGCAGCAUUAGCAAGAGCCAAGAAGUGGUCCUCUGCAUCUCUCUCGCUCUCUCAGAGGGGGAAAAGUCCCCAGCUUCUCGUCCCAUAAACCCUAAUCUCGUUGGAUUCGCACCAGAAUCCUCCCGAAUCGAAGCCCUCAGAUGUUCCAUCUGCCUGCAGGAGCUGCGCGGUGCUCGGUUUGGUGAAGUUUUGCAGGUUUUUGGGCUCAGAACCGCCAGUCUUGUAGGCUGUUUCUCGGGGGCGGUUUCCCGGCUCAAGUCCCUUCCCGUGCGUCCCGGCGUUGGAUCCGGCCGUGUUCCGGCGAAAGGUCAGGUUUUGCGUGGGGUCGGUCGAGCUCCGAGCUCGAUUUGUCCAUCUGAGUUGGGUCGCAGCCGCGGUGGCGGUGGUUAAGGACACUCGGGGGCGCAAAGGUUUACCAGCUUGUUCGCAGCGUUUCCUUGCAAUCUUGCGGCGUUAGGUCUUCCUGCGUGGCAGAAAAGCUUGACGUUUGAGUCGCGCAAUGCAUCCCAAGGCUCGAAUCCACGCAGACCCGGUGGUCGAGGUCGACCAAUUCGACUGCCUGCCGGAUUCGCUCGUCCUGCUGAUCCUGAACAAGGUCGAGGAUGUGCGGUCGCUCGGCCGGUGCUCCGGCGUGUCAAAGCGGUUCUGUGGGCUUGUUUCCCUUGUCCAUGACGUGUAUGUCAAGAUUGACCGUGUCGUGGCGGUUGAUGGCGACGCUGAGGACACGCUCAACCUGUCCUCGCCGAAGCCUCGGAACAUCUUCUCGCACUUUCUGAAGCUGAUGCUGUUCACAAUCAUCAAGCCGUUCCACAACAUGCGCAACCCGAAUGGUACCGGGAGGUCACUGUUCCCGCAGCUCUCGCAGCACUCGCCAGCGCAGGUGCUCCGGAACUUCACGCACAUCCGGAAUCUUCGGAUCGAGCUCCCCUCCGGGGAUGUGGGUACUGAGGAGGGAGUUCUCCUGAAAUGGCGGGCAGAGUACGGGAGUACACUUCAGAAUUGUGUGAUUCUGGGAGGUACCCGGGUGGACCGCAAGCCUGUCGGUGCAGAGCAUGAGCCAUCAUUGGAGGACAAUGGGAGCAUGCCAGAGUCUUUCUAUACCAAUGGUGGGCUGAAACUCCGUGUCGUCUGGACAAUCAGCUCUUUGAUUGCGGCUUCAACGAGGCACUAUCUUCUCCGGUCAAUUAUCAAGGACCAUCCCACACUUAUGAGCUUGGUACUAACAGAUGCUGAUGGCCAAGGCACAUUGUGCAUGGGGACGGGGCAGCUGAAGGAGUUUAGAGAGAACCAGUUGUCGGCCUCAGCAUGUUCCAACAGGACUCAGGUCCCAGCCUGCAACAUGAAGCUUAAGUAUGCUCCAUAUCUGGAGCUGCCUGGUGGUAUGGCGUUGCAAGGUGCUACAUUGGUGACUAUCAAGCCCUCAACCGAGGGAAGCUAUGGAGGCCAUACCAGCCGCAAGGAAACCGAUGCAUUCGUCUCCGGAGCAUUCGAUGGGCCAUUCAAGGUUGCUGUAAAGGCGCUGAUGAAGAGACGCACUUACCUUCUGGAGAUGAAUGGGUUCUAACUAUCUUGAGUUCUUCAGGGUAUCUAGCUUGUUGGUGCUAGGCAUGGCCCAUUUAGCCGAACUUUUCAUCUGUAUAAUAUCUGAGAAGCGCCAUCUCUAUUUGGUGAUGAGGGUUAUGCUUGUUGUUGUCUGUAAUGUUAGCUCUUUGUACAGUGGUGACACUUGGUUAUAUGAAAAUCAUAUCAAGUUAGUGUAUC